AUAAAAAUUCAACUAAUCACUCGGUAAAAUAAAAAUUAUGAACUUCAUUCUUCAAAAUACUACACCAAAAAAUUGAGUUUUUGUUCAAAAAUUGGUCAGAAAUCGAAACGCAAACAACAAUCCGUUAAAAAUGGAUACAAAAGAUUCUCCAUCGGUGAAGCUUGAGAAACAUCUAAAGCUCCUCAAGGAAGAAUAUACCAAAUUGCAACGCAGCUAUGCAGAUUUGGAGCGAAAAUAUAGCAAAGUUGUGGCAUCGUCGGGAGAUGCUUCGGAAAUCGGGGAAUUCAGUAGUUUUGUGUCACGUCUCGUUAUGAUGGUGGCUUCCUUGUACGGUCGGAGCACUUAUUCAGAUCUAACAAUCAAGCUAAGUGGAAAAACUAUGCCGGCACAUAAGUUUGUUUUGAAUGCCAGAUCAGAGGAUUGGCGCGAAGAAAAUCUGGCUGAUGCAACAGAACUCGAUUGGACUGAUUUGGAAGAUGACAUUGGUUUUGCCUUGUUGCGUUGGAUCUACACUGAUGUGAUUGAUUUACAGCAUGAUAGAUUAGCUUUGGGUCUGUUACGGGCUGCACAUAAAUUCAAGCUACCUGGGUUGCUUGGUCUUUGCGAAAAGGCGCUCGUCGCUUCGGUUGGUGUUCGGUCGUGUGUUCGCUUUUAUUGUGUCGCCGAAGAAGUGGGUGCUGCAAGUCUUUUGGAUUAUUGUUCCGGAUUGAUAUCGACGCAUUGGGAUGAUUUGACACCACAAGACUUUGAACAUAUGUCUGGACCGUUGUUGUAUCAGAUGCUAAAGAGCAAAACAAAACAUCCGUUGCAUGCUGCUGUGCGAUUGCUGAGAGAAGACGUUGUGUUUUUGUGUUUGGUUAAGAACGAUGGAUCGCUACCAGAACUAGUAAACAGUUUAUCCCUUCAAGGUCAAUUACCAUUGCAAAUGUCUUUGCUAGCUCGUAAUUUGGCAAUUUCAGAACUAUUGGUAAAGAACGGAGGAGCAAAUAUAAAUGCAUAUGAUGCUGAGGGGUCUACACUACUUAUAGACGCUAUCCAACGUGCUGAUGAAUUUGCUGCACAUUUCCUGCUCGACAGAAACUGUGAAGUAAAUCUUCCACACAGAGUUACCUCGGAUACGGCAUUACAUCUUGUGUGCAAUUAUUCUUCAAAAAAUGUAGAUUCCGAGACAUUCAACAAGAUGCUUGAAGUGGGUAAGAAAAUUUUAGAUCGCAAAGCUGAUGUCAAUCUUCAAAAUCAACGCGGCCAAACUGCUCUUCACUCCGCCAUCAUAGCAGGGCACACAGAAUUGGUGGAUAUGUUGCUAGAAAUUCCUCAGAUCGAUGUAAAUAUAAGAACAAACGACGAUAAAUGUGCCUUGCUUUUAAGUUUGACUCCACCUCAAUGCGAAGGCAAACCGUUUGUUCUAGCCGAAAAGCUUCUUAUAAAGGGAGCUCGUGCAAAUCAACUAAAAUCUGAAACACAUGACAGUCUAUUGCAACAGUUGGCCCUGCAGGGUCUUGAAGAGGCCGCAGUAUUUCUAUCUGAUCAUGCGAACCUAAAUCACAUCAAUGGACAAGACCUAACGGCGCUGCAUAUUGCGAGUCAAAAGAACCUUCCGAAAUUGGUCAAGAAGCUUCUCAAUGCGGGGGCUUCACCAAACUUGCAAUCAUGUGUAGGCCAAAUGAAUUCUGCUUUGCAUCUAGCCGUCGAGGCAGAUUGUCCUGAAGUUAUAACGCAAUUUGUCGAAUUUAAGGAAAAUGUAGAAUAUUGUAAAGAAUUACCUGAUUUCAAUUGCAAAAAUUCAUCCGGAGACUCUCCGUUGAGCUUAAGUCUGUCACUAAAUCGUACCGAAUUGGUUCCCAUACUGAUACGGGGAGGAGCUGAUGUGAAUGCUCGCAACGGGCAGGACAUGACAUUGCUUCAUCAAGCAAUUCUUAAUCAUGAUUCGGACACAGCAGUAUUCUUGCUUCAACAAGGAGCUGAUAUGAAUGCUCUCACCGGGGAGCAGGAGUCUCCUUUGCAGUUGGCUAUCCAUUGUCACUUGGCUCAGGUCGUCGACGCGCUUUGUACCCGUGGAGUAGCCCUUAGUGCCCCCGACAAUAAGGGCGAUCCUCCACUAUGGACAGCUCUUGAGCUGGAAUAUGAAGAUGUCGCCCAUGUGCUUGUGCGCCACGGAGUUGAUACAGACUGCUGGGGGCCAGGUCCUGAUGGAUGUCAGCAAACACUCCUGCAUCGGGCUAUCGACGUUAACAAAGAAGCCGCAGCCAUUUUUCUAAUCAAAAGUGGCUGCGAUUUGGAUUCUCCCCGACAGCCGGGCAUGAAUGGCGAAGGUGGUGAAGAGUCCAAAGAUAAAGCUUCGCCACUGCAUUUGUGCUGUCACUGGGGACUUACGAAAGUUCUUCAAACUCUUAUCGAUCACGGAGCUAAUGUUAAUAUGCUCGAUUGGGAAAACAACACACCGUUACACAUUGCCAUUAAGAAACAACACAAUGACAUUAUAACGGUCCUCCUCUGUCAUCCAGGGAUCGAUCUUAAAAUUCGCGACAAAACUGGUAAUACUCCUUUCGCAGCGGCACUCACCAUGCGUAUGAACAAAGCCGCCCAAAGUAUUCUUGAGCGUCUGCCAAAUGCCGCUGAACAAAUGGACCUAAGAGGGAAGAAUUUCCUUCAUACGGCAAUCAUCAAGGAUGACUUGGAAAGUGUUCUCUUUUUGCUAUCAAUCAGGGUCGAUGUAAAUAGUCGUGUUCAAGACGUAAAUCAGACACCUCCACUACAUCUAGCCGCUGCGUCAACAAAUGAGAUGAUUAUCAGGAACCUUAUUUUGGCUGGUGCCCGGAUCAAUGAUCGAGAUGCAACCCAAAAAACAGCACUGCACAUUGCUGCGGAACGCGGCAAUCUAGCAGCUGUAUCUGCCUUAAUUCAAAAUGGCGCUGACUUUGAUGCCGCCGAUGGUGAUGGAAACAAUGCGUUACACAUUGCUGUUCGCGAAGGACACUUGACGGUAGUGCGAGAACUGCUCACCGAGUCGAGCAUAAACGCGGAGGCCUUCAACUUAAAAGGACGCAAUCCAUUACAUGAGCUGUGUCGCACUGGAAAAGAUAAUACUGCCGCCGCCAUAUGUGAACUUUUCAUUGAAUGCAUGCCAAAUUAUCCCAUAAAUGUACCCGACAUGGAUGGCAACACUCCGCUCCUUUUGGCCUUUAUGCGUGGACAGGCACCGCUGUGUAAGGUCUUGGUUAAAAAUAACGCCUGCAUGGGCACUGAAAAUCGUGACGGCGUGACUAUUUUCAAUUUCAAACUGGCCACCGAUCAAUUGCUACAUAAAUUAUUAGACCAACUGUCGAAGGAGUCACCAUGGUCUGAAUCGGAUUUGUGCCAAGAGUGUGGAACUAAGUUCUCCAUCACUAUGCGGAAACACCAUUGCCGCCAUUGUGGCAGGGUUGUUUGCUCAAAGUGCUCCAACAAUGAUAUACCAAUUCUUAAGUUUGGUUUAAACAAACCCGUCCGCGUUUGUAGUGUUUGCUUCUGUGUGUUACAAGUAGGUACAAAUGUUAUGCCGUGAGAUGAAGAGUCUGGUGUAUCGACGCCAAUUAACAGCAAAACACCCCCGAACUAAUUCAUUCCUUAUUUUGUUUAGUAUUUUUUUUAAUUCUUAUCAUACAAGCAAUAUAUUAAUUUGUUUCAAUGUUUAUUUUUUUAUCUAAAACAAAAUAUUCAGUGUUUUGUAAAUAUUUUAAUCUGUUUAUAUUCGAAAACUAACUGUUGUUCUAUUGCUUUUUGUUUUUUUUUUAUUUGUUAUUCGUUUGAUAUGUUUGUCAUUAUAAAAAUUAUUAAAAAAAAGGUAUCAACAUUCGUUAGGAAAGAUACCUUCAUGUCAAAAUUUAAUUUAAUAUUUUAGCAUUCUUUUUUAAAUGUAACUAAAUAUAUAAAUAUAUUCGAAAUGUUAAAAAGUAUACAAAUAAAACGUAAUAAAAUAUAUAAAUAUUAUUUAU